AUGGCGACGAUACCAAAUGCCAGGGUAUGGUGCGACGGGUGGUAUGUUUACCUUUCGUAAUUCAUAAAACAAAUACAUAUUUUUUCAAUAUAAAAAGAAAAUUUUAAAAUAAAAAAACUGUUUUUUUUGUAAAAUACGACCGCUCUAUUUGUUUGCCUUUAUUCUUACUAACUUUUAUAAAUAAAAAUAUACUUAAAAACUUUAACAACUCUCAAAUUUAAAGUAAUCACUACAGUUAUGACAUGGUGCACUUUGGUCAUGCCAAUCACUUACGGCAAGCUAAAGCGAUGGGUGCGAAACUAAUAGCGGGUGUUCAUACUGACAGAGAUAUCGAGUACAACAAAGGGCCACCAGUGUUCAAUGAACAGGAACGAUACAAAAUGGUCGCUGCUAUCAGAUGGGUUGAUCAGGUAGGACAAUAUGCUUAUUUUAGGGUAGGGUAGGGUAGGGUAGGAUAGGGUAGGGUAGGGUAGGGUAGGGUAGGGUAGGGUAGGGUAGGAGGGUGAUGUUGGAACGGCUAAUCUUUUUUAUACUUUACUCUCUCUAUACAAGCAACCCUGAGGGACUGACAUUUUGUGUUUACUACAAGGGGUGUGGUCUUUACAGAGAGUCUUUUUAGUGCAAUUUGACUUGGCGGGGCCAAAUGUCUUGUUUACUAUAAGGAGAGUUGCUUAUACAGAUGGCUUACUAUAUAGAGAGACCACAGUAAUUAGUUUUACUGUUACAGGUAGUGGCCGGAGCACCAUAUGUAACUACAGUAGAGACGUUGAAUCAACAUGAUUGUGAUUUCUGUGUUCAUGGAGGUAAGUUUUAAAUAAAUUUCGGUAUUUUACAAAAAAUAAUUUUGAAAAAAUUUUUGAUAUAUAUAUACAUUUAUGAUAAAAUACGCUUUCUGCACGGUUUGCGGAGUUAGAAUAACAUUUUUAGACGACGUAACACUGACAGCAGAAGGAGAAGACACUUAUGCUGAAGUGAAACGGUUGAGAAGAUACCGUGAAUGCAAAAGAACGCCUGGAGUUUCCACUACAGAUCUGGUUGGGAGGAUGUUGUUAUUGACAAGAAGCCAUCAUACAAAAGAGAAUGAUUUUACUGAAGAACAAAUGGAAAUUGCAAAAGCUUUGGCUACGGUAAGUAGGGUAGGGCUGUGGGCUAGUGCUCUGGGCUAGGACUUUGGGCUAGGGCUCUGGGCUAGGGCCCUGGGCUAGGGCUCUGGACUAGGACUCUGGGCUAGGACUCUGGGCUAGGGCUCUGGACUAGUACUUUGGGCUAGGGUAAGGCUAGGGCUCUAGUCUAGGGAUCUGCGCUAGGGCUCUAAGCUAGGGAUUUGGGCUUAGGAAUCAGGACUACGACUCUGGGUUAGGGCUCUGGUCUAGGGCUUUGGGCUAGGGCUCCGGACUAAGGCUAGAUUUAGAGCUAAAACUAGGAUUAUGUCUAUCUUUAAUGUCUUCUUCUUUCAGGACUCUACAGCCAAACAACUCUAUGUUACAGUAAACAAAUACGACUCAAAAUCCCAAUCUUUAAUUGAAGUUAUAAAAGGAGUGGAUAGGCUACUAGAGGACAAAGUUGUCUAUGUGUGUGGUUCAUUUGAUCUAUUUCACAAUGGUCAUUUGUGCUUUCUGGAAGCGGCUGCCAAACUGGGAAUAUAUGUUGUUGUAGGGGUGUUUGAGGAUCAUGUUGUUAAUGAGUACAAAGGCCAAAACUAUCCGGUCAUGACGUUGGCUGAACGGGUUAUGACUGUCAUGGCUUAUAAGGUAAUUUUGAAGCAAUUUUGAAUUUUGGCACAAGUUUAAUUUUUUUUAAUUUUUUGAAAAAAUUUAAAUUUUUUAAAAAUUUUAUUUAAAUUUUUUCUUUUUUUUUGCACUUUUAACGCAAAAAUUGAAUUUAAAAACGUUUAUGAAUAUUAAAAAUGUCACUUCAGCCAGUACGACAAGUGAUAGUAGGGGCUCCAUAUGAAGUUACCAAAGACUUUAUCGAAGACCUAAAAAUAGAUUACGUUGUAAAUGGAGUCAGUUCUGGCCACACGGACAGUGAAAACGAUCAUUCUGAAGACCGUUUUGGCUACGCCAAAAGUAUCGGAAUUUAUAAACAAAUCACUUCCGGGAAUCGAAUGACAAACGAACGAAUCAUUGAUCGUAUCGUAGAGAAUCGGUAAGAUUCAGUUUAUGGGUAACAAUUUUGAAAUAAAAUGUUGAUUUUUAUAGUAUUUAGGCAAAAAUAUAGGUAAAAUGUGCAAGUUCUUGACUGAGGAGGUCUAGCGUACACCUUUAGAAAAGUUUUUGAGGUAACGUAUUGUGAAAACGGUGGUCAAAAAGGGGCCCAAAACUUGCAGAGAAAGUGAAAAAGAUUAGGAACAUAAGUGAUAAGAUGUAGAAAUAAAUAGUAAAGUAGUAGAGAGUUGUGUUAUACUAUUAUUUUGAAUUUUUUUUGUAGAUUUAAGUUUUGUUUUCAGUAGACUAUACGAAGCUCGAAAUCGACGUCGUGGACGCCAGUAA